AGUGAAACCUGGUUAAGUGGGACCUGGAUAAGUGAGAAACCUCUAUUAUUAAGAGUUGCAAUGAGGUCCCGGUUCUUUUUCAUUAAAUUACCUCUGUUAAUGGGACUUUUUGAAACUGGUUAAAUGAGAUUUGGAUUCUAAGACUUUUUCGAUGUUUACCUCUAUAAUUGAGAUUGUGUAGCUCAAUUAUCUGUAUAAGUGAGACAAAUUAAUCAGGUCUGAACACGUUUUGACAUGUUUGUUUACAAACAUUUCGCAUCGUCUUCCGCGCAUGCUUUGUUUAUCAGUACUAUCUCAGGUUUUGAUCUUAAAACAAGGAAAUAAAAGUGUACAAAAUGUCUAAACGUAAAUAUAAAACGUUAUCAGUAUCUGAAAAAUUAAAACUUCUAUCAGAUUAUGAUUGUGGAAAGUCGCGUGAUGAACUGUGUAGGGAGAAUAACAUACCAAAGUCAACCCUGUGUAGAAUUAUUCAAAAUAACGAGAAAAUUCGGUCUCAGUGUAUUGAUGGAAAAGGAAAACUCAAACGAAUACGAGCCGCAGAGUAUCCUGAACUUGAAAAGUGUCUCUGUACAUGGAUAAAGCAGGUACGGAAUAAUAACAUUCCAAUAAGCGGACCAAUGAUUAAAGAGAAAGCUGAAGAAUUUGCAAAAAAGCUCCAUUUUGAUAAUUUUUCUGGCAGUAAUGGGUGGUUGGAAGGAUUUAAGAAAAGAAACGAUAUCACAUUCAAAAAUGUUUGUGGCGAGAGCAAUUCUGUGGACAAUAACGAAUGUAAUGAGUGGAUUAAAAACCUUCCAGCUUUAUUACACGAUUAUUCCCCCGAUGACGUAUUCAACGCCGAUGAAGCGGGCUUAUUCUACAAGUGUCUUCCGGAUAAAACAUUUACGUUCAAAGGUCAGCCUUGCCAUGGUGGUAAAUUGAGUAAAGAUCGGGUCACAGUACUUGUCAUUUCAGAGGAGCUCAAUGAUGAUGACAUAGUUGCUAUGUAUUCUUCUUUGGACACAGAAGAAGAAGAAGAGGAAGAAGACUGUGAAGAGACUCCAGUGAAAAUUUCAAAGUGUGAGGCAAUGGAAGCUUUAGAAACUUUACACAAGUAUUUCGAAAUGUCAAAUGUUGAUGAUUCUAAUAUUUUUGAUCGAAUUUAUUAUAUCGAGAAACAGGUUUCAGCAACUAGCAAUCAAGUACAAACAACCAUUACCGAUUACUUUAAGUCAUAAUCGUUACAAUAUUGUUUUUUUUUAUAUGUAGUACAAUCAUAUCUACUACAUUAAAUUCUUAACACCAAAAAUACGCAUUUUUAUUAACAUUUCCACGUCUAAUAAAAGAAUAAAGGCACAUUUCUACCUCUGUAAAGGGGCCUCUGUAAAUGAGACAACUAUAAUUUUAAACCUGUUUAAUUGGAAAACUGGAUUAUUGGAAACUCUCAAUAAUUGGUACAUAUGUCUUGGUCCCUUGAGAUCCCAA